UUUCCUCUUUUUUGCCAGCCGGGGCGGCGGGUUUCAGGCAUGGCGUCCGCCGGCCUGGCUCGGCUGCAUGGGCUCUUCGCUGUCUACAAGCCCCCGGGGCUAAAAUGGAAGCAUCUGCGGGAUACGGUGGAGCUGCAGCUUUUGAAAGGUCUCAAUGCUGAGAAGCCUCCUGCCCCUGAACAGCAUGUUCGCUUCCUGCCGGGUCCCAUGGAGGGCAGCGAAAAGAAGGAGCUGACCCUCACAGUCACCAGUGUGCCCACCCUCGUCGACCACCCGCUGGUAUGUGGACCAGUAUUCACCAGCCUGAAGGUUGGAGUGGGACACCGACUGGAUGCCCAGGCGUCUGGGGUGCUUGUGCUUGGCGUGGGACAUGGACGCAAGCUCCUCACCGACAUGUACAACGCUCAUCUCACCAAGGAGUACACAGUGCGCGGCCUCCUGGGCAAAGCCACAGACGACUUCUGUGAAGACGGGCGGCUGGUGGAGAAGACAACGUAUGACCACGUGACAAGGGAGAAGCUGGACCGAAUCCUGGCCCUGAUCCAAGGUUCCCAUCAGAAGGCCCUGGUGAUGUACUCCAACCUCGACCUGCAGACUCAGGAGGCCUAUGAGAUGGCCGUAAGCGGCUUGAUCCGGCCCAUGAACAAGUCCCCGAUGCUGAUAACCGGCAUCCGAUGCCUCCAGUUUGCACCCCCGGAAUUCCUCUUAGAGGUGCAGUGCAUGCAUGAGACGCAGAAGCAGCUGCGAAGGCUGGUGCAUGAAAUCGGCCUGGAACUGAAGAGCACUGCUGUCUGCUCCCAAGUGCGGCGCACGCGUGAUGGCUUCUUCACCCUGGACGAUGCCCUUCUGAGGACCCAGUGGGACCUACCCAGCAUCCAGGGUGCCAUCCAGGCCGCAGCUCCCCGGGUGGCAGCAGAGCUGGAGAAGAGCUUGAGGCCAGGGCCGGGCACCCAGCUGCUCCCUGGUCCAGGCCGGCCCUGGGACUCUGAGGGGCCAAACUCUGCCUUGGGGCAGGAGGGCCAGGUGAGGCACUGAAAAGCCGGGCAGCUGGUGGGGCAGUGGGUGUAUAAAGAGAAUUGUUCGUGAGCCGGAACUGAUGACUAGGGCAGAAUGUGAGACUAGGGGGAGCUUUUUCACAUGUGACAGAAAACUCGGAAGCUGUAAGAAAAAAAAAGGUCAACAGACUUGGCUCAAUUCAAAAAGAAAAACUUCUCUAUGGAGGAAAAGACGCUAAACAAAUGACAGACUGAUAAAAAUAUUUAUAUUUACAAACUAAUAUCUGUAAUAUAAAAACAGUUUUUAAAACAUUAAGAAAAAGAUGACAAAAUUAGGCUAAAAUGAUGUGAAUUGUGUGUUUAGAUAGAAAAAUCCAAAUGGUCAGUAAACCUGAAAUGAUGCUCAGCCUCUCUAAUCAUGAAAGACAUACAGAUGAAAAUGAAAUGACUUACCUUGCCUUUUAAAAAAACUUAAGAAAAAGACAGCACCAGCGUUAGGGAGGCUGUGAGAAGAUGGGCAGCCUACACUUGGUGGGAAUAUACAGCUGUGUAACCUUUUAGGAGUAAUUUGGAAGUUGUAUCAACAUUACUCCUGUCCUGUGACUCGGCAGGUUCAGUUUCAGGAUCUGUCUUCCAGCGAAGUCGAAGUUGCAGAAAGUUCUAGGUACCUAGAUGUUCACAGCUGCAUCAUAAUAGGAACAAACAGGAACUGUGAUUACCCUCCAUCGACAAGGGCCUGGUUAAGUAAAUACAUCAUGUGCAGGGUCAAAAGGCUCUAUUCUAACACCCUCGAGGAAAUUACUGCCCCCCCAUUUUUUUCUGCCAUUGUUAUUUCUUUUGACUUUGAACACCUUGGCCUCAUAUGUACUUUUUUCCUGUUUUUGUUUUGUUUUGUUUUGGCGUGGUUGUCUUUUUUUUUUUAAUUUUUGCCUUACAGUUUUAUUGAGAUAUAUACAAUGGACAUACAGCACUGUAUACUUUUUUAUGGGGGGGCAGUAUUUAGAUUGUAUUUAUUUAUUUUAAUGGAGGUACUGGGGAUUAGAACUCAGGACCUCGUGCUUGCUAGGCAUGCAUUCUACCCCUGAGCUAUACCCUCCCCCCAGCUUGGUUGUCUUAACCUCUCUCCAUGUGGGUAUCUCCCACUCAGAACACUUGGGCUAGGAGCAGCAAGUUGGCCUCUGGCCAGGGCUCAAAUGUGGGCCGAGUGGAGGCGCUAUGUGUUUCUUGUCCCUGCUGUCACCCUGGGAAAGGGGGCCACAGCCUCCAUGGCUCCCUUACCUUCAUUCUGGAACACCCAGCGUCUGGGAGCAGUGCUGAGCCAGCGUGGCCUGUGGGUUCCUGGCCGUGAGGCCUGGAGAGCUCAGCUCCCUCAUCCAGAACAGAAGAAUAAUUUCACCCACCUCUUGGGGACAGAUGAAGUUGUGGACAGUCAGGUGCUGGCAUGGUGCCUGGCACGUAAGAACUGCUCUCUUUGUGGGGGCUGUCCGCUUGCUGUGGCUACUUUCUCCUGAACAGUGACCCAAAAGGGUGGUCACCUGUAGGGCCAAAGGUCUUCUCUCCAUCCCCUCUUGUUUCUCUGGCAUCAAAAUCAGUUGGGAGCUGGAUCAACACUACCUUAGCCAGGUGACUAAGGUCAACAUCAACAGUCAUGUCAUGUUGCAAGUAUGUACUCUUGAUAUUGUGUGAUAAAAAUGGCCCUUCGCCUCUAUGCUCUUCCUCCCAAUACCCCAUAUCUUCCGGUCUCUAAUCAUGAGGAGAACAUCAGGCAAAUUCCAGUAAUAGGGGUGUGGGCUUCUACAAAACACCUGACCAGUUCCCUGUCAACGUCAUCAAAAGCAGUGAAGUCUGAGAAACUGACAUAGCCAAGAGGAACCUAAGGAGACGUGACAACUAAAUGUAAUAUGGAGUCCUGGAACAGAAACAAAGGACUGUAGGUGAAAACAAAGGAAAUCUAAACAAUCUGUGGAUAAAAGUUAAUAAUACUGUGUCAGUAGUGGUUCAUUAAUGGUAACAAAUGUGUAUCAUACUAAUCUAAGAUGUUAAUACACAAAUAUGGGAAACUUGGUACUGAGUAUAGGGGAAUUCUCUGUAGUAUUGUCUCAAUUUUUCUGCAAACUAUUCUAAAAAGACAGUCUAUUGAGGAAAAAAAGGGAUCACCUGGCGAGAUCUUUGAGAAUCCAGGUUAUAGCCCCAGCCCUCAGAUUCUGACUUAGUAGGUUUGGGGCCCAAAGUCUGCAUUUUAGCAAGUUCCCAAGGUAUCUGAAACCAGGGCUUUAAAAAACUGGGCCCUCCGAGGGGCAGGGAGGGUAUAGCUCAGUGGUAGAGUGCAUACCUGUGUUCAAUCCUUAGUACCUCCAUUAAAAAUAAAUAAAUAAACCUAAUUACCCCCCCCCAAAAAAAAAACAAAACAAAAAUUUAAAAACACCACAGGGCCCUUCGGAGGCCAGUUAUGUGUUGUCUUUCCCUUCUGGUCUUCAGGACAUCACUGAUGGCUAUUUGAGAGACCAUUUAAGAAGAGUAGCCAACAGCCAUGGGUGGUGGGGCAUGCCCUAACAAAGUGCCUCAAACUGAGUGACCUAAACAAUGGAAAUUUACUGACUGACAGUUCUGGAGGCUGGAAGUCUGAGCAGUGUUGAUUCCUUCUGAGAGCUGCAGGGAAAACCGUCCCAUGCCUCUCCUAGCUUCUCUGGUGGUUUGCCGGCAGUCUCUGGCAUUCUUGACUUGUAGAAGCAUCACCGCAGCCUCUGCCUUCAUGUUCACAUGGCGUUCUCCCUGAGUGCAUGCUUGUGUCCAAAUUUUCCCCUUUUAUAAAGACAGGAGUCAGAUUAGGGACCCACCCUACUCAGUGUUAAUUAGUAUUAACUAAUUACAUCUGCAGUGACUCUAAAUCCAUCCAAAUGAAGUCACAUCAUUCUGUGGUACUAUGCAUUAGGACUUCACCAUGAGGAUUUUGCAGGGACACGAUUCAACCCAUAACAGAUGGUUAGACAGUCACCUGGACUGGUCUAGUGCUCCAAAGUGCACUACUGACCUGUGCCCAAAAGCUCCCCCCGAGGUCAGGGCAGGCCCCUUCCUCCUGCCACUGGAGCCGCAGCCCCUUCACACCUGCUACAAGUUGACUAGGGCACCUGUGAUGCUGUGGUUAAUAAACGCUUCCCUAGGAACUCUUUGAUGGGAGGGCUGGGGGAAGGGGGAGGGCGCAGGGCCUCAGUGGGUCUAGAGGGUGGCAACCCAGGGUCAAACUGUGAAGCUGUCCCCUCAAGGGCUUCUCCAAGAAGCUCCUCUUUCAUUAUACAAAUAAGAAUUCAAACUUUUUAUUUGACUACACUGUAUAUAAGAGGUAUAUCUGGAUCAUAUUCUAGAAUUUACAAAGUGUGGGUAGUUGGUCUUAGAUUCUAAAGCUAAAAGUUUCUCUCAGGAGUCUGUUGAGAGAUAGGCUUCGUCUACUUCACUCACCUGAGCCCUGCCAUGGGUUUCUAGGGCGGAUGUGUAUCAGUCAGUGUUCUUCGGAGAAACAGAAACAAUAGGAUAUGUAUAUACAGAGAUUUAUUUUAAAGAAUUGGCUUAUGUGAUUGUGAAGAUUGGCAGGUCCAAAAUCUGCAGGGUAGGGCAGCCAGCUGAAGACUCAGGGAAGAGGUGAUGUUGCAGCUUGAGUCCCAAAACAGUCUUGAGACAGCUUUCCCUCUUCCUCCUGAGACCUCAGGAUUUUUUCCCUAAGUCCUUCAACUGAUUGGAUGAGGCCCACCCACACUGUGGAGGGUAAUCUGGUAAAUCUACUGAUUGAAAUGCUAAUCUCAUCUUGAAAAUUCCUUCAUGGCCACAUCUAGACUGGUGUUUGACCAAGUGUCCAUGUGACAACUGUGGUCCAGCCUACUUGACACAUAAACUUAGUCCCCACAGAAUGUAUCUGUCUUUUUCAUUUAAGAGCAUGAUAUGUGCUCCCUGUGCAGAUUGAAAAGACCCGAGAGGGUCUGUGGGACUGACCUCUGGGUUUGAAUCCCAGCCCUGUCCUUUCCUUAGGAUGUGAACUGAACAAGUGACUUCAUGUUGGUCUCUUGUCACUUGAGUCUUGGUUUCUCACCUGUCAGAUGGAAGUGAUGGCCAACAGUCCCUGUCUCCCACAGAGAUCAGACAAACCCAAGGUCACAAGGUAAAAGCUUUUCCUGUGCCAGGCCCUGGGCUAAGAGCACUUGACACACUGAUCUCAUUCAAUACUCUAAUGGGCCUAGGGUUUAGGCACUAUGCCUAUAAACUGAGGCAUGAAGAGGGCAAAUGACAAGCCAAAGGACACCCAACAAGGGGGUCCAGAACCAGGGAUCACAUCUGUGCUGUCCCGAGUCAGUGCUCCCAACCACGACUCCAUCUUGCCCCUCUGCUGGUGCUAUUGCUGCUUUCGUGGUGGUGGUCCCAGGCCUGGCACAUAGUAGAUGCUUAAUAAAUAUUUAUGUAAGGAAUUGAAUAUUGUAAGGAAUUGUGAUAAUGGGAUGUAAUAAGAAAUAGAGUUUUUUGUCCUCCUCCGCAGUUCUGGCCAGAGCUCCUAAACCCCUUGUAAUUAAUUUCCUAAGUGAUAAAGGUGAAAAGAGCAUCUUUUAUUUUAUGUUUUGUCCCCAGUUCCUGAAAGGGCGCCAGGAGGUAAAAGCAGUGAGUGUCUUUUGUUAUUCAUGACAAGCCCCUUUCAACCACACCUGCCUACUUAAUAGAAGCUCCAAAAAACCCCAAAAAAACAAAAACCCUGUAGGAUGGGGUUUGGAGAGCAUUUGGGGUUAGCAAACACAUCUAGGUGCUGGGGUGGGGGCUGCACCCGGAGAGGGCGUGGAAGCUCCUGCCCCUUCCCACGUACCUUGCCCUGUGCACCUCCUCCAUUUAGCUGUUCCUGAGCUGUGUCCUUUAUAAUAAACCAGUGAACAUAAGUACAUGUUUCUCUGAGUUCUGUGAGCCGUUUGGGCAAAUGAUCAAACUUGGGGGUCAUGAGAACUGCCAAUUUAUAGCCAAUCGGUCAGCAGUGUACGUGCCAACCUGGGACUUGUGGUAAGCGUCUGAAAUGGGGACAGUGUUGUGGGACUGAGCCCUUCACCUGUGUGGUGUGAGUUUAACUCCAGGCAGUGAGUGUCAGAAUUGAGUUAAAUUGUAGGACGCUCCGUCCUCUCCACAAGGAAUUGGAGAAUUGCUUGGUGUGGAAAACUCCACAUAUGUGGUGUCAGAAGUAUUGUGUAUGGAAAGGAAACAGGAGUUGUUUUGUUUUGUUUUUACGUGUAGAUGUGUUCAGUAUAUACAUGUUCACUGAAUAAAUAACCUAAAUGGUUAAUUUUUUAAUGAAGUGGAAUCAUAAUACACACAGUGUAUCACAACUGGCUUCUUCCAUAUAACAGUAGAGUGUGGCCAUUUCUCCCUGUCUGUCCAUCAGGUAUGGUUGUCCCUUCCUCCAGACCCUGUGGGCGUGGCCAGAGACAGGGCUCUGGCUGAGGAAGGUCCUGACCUCCUCCCCCCUUGGCCCCUUCCUUCCCAUUGUGUAAAUGAUGCUGCCAGGAUGGGGCAGCUUUCUCAAAGUUCUGGAUUCCAGCCAGUUUAUUCAAUAUUUACUCAACAAAUACUCAUUUAGUGCCUACUAUUUGCCAGAUUCUGUUGGAGGCACCAGGAAUACAUCAGUAAACAAGACAGUCCAAAUACCAUGUGGGGAAAGGGAGUUUGGCAAUGUUGAGUAGGGCUGCCUGCAAAGGAGUCACUCAAAUAAACAGCUGAAGGAGGUGAGGCACAGAGCUGGGAAAUUAUCUCAAGGAAGAAGCCUUCAAGGCCAAGGGAACAGUCAGUACAGUUCAAAAGGUAUCUGAGUUAUCAGGGAACACCCAGGUGAGGGUGCAGGGCCCAGUGAUGAGCCUGAUUGCCUGUGGAUGAGAAUCAACUCAAGUCCCUCAUGCCUUCAUACCUGAGGCAAGUGUCCCACAUUCUCAGAAAGUGGGGCUUUAGACCCUUUGUAUUAGAAUCACCUCAGACUCAAAAAAAAAAAAAAAAAAAGCCGAAUAGCAAUACUUACAUUAUACAAAAUGACUUUAAAAUAAAGACUAUUACAAGAGACAAAGAAGGAUGCUACAUAAUGCUCAAGGGAUCAAUCCAAGAAGAAGAUAUAACCACGUAAAUACAUAUGCACCCAACACAGGAGCACCUCAGUUUAUAAGGCAGAUAUUAACAGACAUAAAAGGAGAAAUUGACAGUGACACAAUAAUUAUAGGGGACUUCACAUCAAUGGACAGAUCAUCCAGAAUAUACACUUCUUUUUUAAACAGAGGACUAAGGAUUGAACCCAGGACCUUGUGCAUGCUAAGCACACACUCUUCCACUGAGCUAUUACCCACUCCCAGAAUUUACAGUCUUUUCAAGUGCAUGUGGAACAUUCUCCAGGAUAGAUCACAGGCCAGGCCACCAGAUAAGCCUCGGUAAAUUUAAUAAAAUUGAAAUCAUAUCAAGCAUCUUUUUGAACCACAACGCGUAAGACUAGAAAUCAACUACAAGAAAAAAACUGCAAAAGACACAAACACAUGGAGGCGAAACAAUAUGCUAUUACACAAUCUGUGGAUCACUGAAGAAAUCAAAGAGGAAAUUUAAAAAAUACCUGGAGACAAAUGAAAACAAAAACACAAUGAUCCAAAACCUAUGGGAUGAAGCAAAGGUAAUUCUAAGAGGGAAGUUUAUAGAGAUACAAGCUUAUAGGAAACAAGAAAAAUCUCAAACAACCUAAUCUUACUCCUAAAGCAACUAGAAAAAGAACAAACAAAACCUAAAAUUAGUAGAAGGCAAGAAAUCAUAAAGAUCAGAGCAGAAAUAGAGAUUAAAAAAAAAAAAAGGAAAGAAAAGAUCAAUGAAACUAAAAGCUGGUUCUUUGAAAAGAUCAAGAAGACUGAUAAACCUUUAGCCAGACUCAUCCAGAGCUCCUGCUCUUAAUCUUUUUAACCUUGGCCUCUCUAUCUUGACCUUGGCCCAAUUUAGGCCCACCCCAACUCUGCCUUUGGUGUGUCCCCAGGGUGAUUUUCCUAUUGAAACCUCGGGAACAGAGGAGCUAUGCAUGAUUCAAUCCUGUCUAAGAGGUGUGACGUUGUUAGAUAGGAAGCUUAUGGAAAUAUGUGUGUUUAUAAGUAGAAAGUGCAGGAUAUAAUCAAGCAAUACAUGGAUCAGCUGGAUCCACCUCAAGGGUGAAGAAACCUGGGUGGGGCAGAAGGUUUUUGUAAAUCUCAGUUAGUUUGAAAAAUUUGGUAAUUGGAGUUGGUACAUUGGUACAUACCACCCUAUUUGGAGUCCUGAUUGACAAAGAGAUUUAUGAAAGAGGACUCAGUGUGGUCUGUGAAGAGCUCGAGAUUUCCUGGGGGAGAGGGAACCCUGAGUCAUGGCCAAAAUAUUCAGUCAAUAUGCAGCCUCGGUCUGUCAGGAAAACCACCCCAAAUGGCUUGUUGUCCUCACAUAGUGGAUGUCUUUAAUCCUAACAAGGGGAGUUCUUACCAGUGAUUAUUAAAUUGUUCCAAAUGUAUAAGCAGCAUGAGAUUUGGAAAUUGAGCUUUAAAAUUUAAGUUAAAGUAUUGAGUUUAUUAUUUCAAGAAACAGACUGUUUUUGAAGACAAAGAAAGUGCAAAAUAGUCCUUACUGUGCACAGAGCAGGCUCUCAAGAACACCAACUUCACUGACAAAGCCGCUGGCCUCCAUGCUGGCUGGUCCCCUGCCAGGGUGACAUGAGCACUGGGGUGCACUGGGAAAGAGGGGUGCAGCCCCAGGCUUUGGUGGCAGAAGGGCCUGAGUGUCAACCGCAAUUUGCCCUGUUUACUGACUGGGUGAUUUGACGUCUCUGAAACCAGUUCACCUGUCUGUAAAAUGGGAAUUAAAAUGACACCCAUUUUAUCAUGCUUCAGUUCAGCUCUCCCCCAGGGAUUAAGCACAUCCUUCUAUGGCCCAGCCACAGCUCUGGCAUGGGGGACUUGGUGUGGAGGAAAAAUGAUGUCCUUGGUCUCAUGGAGAGUACAUUGUAGGAGGAAGAGGCAAGAAAAUAAUGGGAGAGUUGAUCCUUUGGAAGGAAGUCAAGCAGGGUGACUAAAGCAGAGACAGGAAGCUACUUUAGACUGGGCAUCCAGGAGGGCCUCUCUGAGGCGGUGACAUAUAAGCUGGGACCUGGACGCCAAAGGAGCAGCCCCUACAGACAUCUCAGGGCAGAGUGUUCUAGACAGAGGAACACAAAUAGUAAGCCCUACGUAGGCAAAAGGAAAAGGGGAGAAGGCUAAGGAUGGAGAAUGGGGCAAGGCAGAUGCUCUGUGAGGCCGUGGGGCUCCAAAGAGUACUGGCUUUCGAGCAGCAAGCAGCUGACCUGGAGUCUGGUAACAUAUGUGGUAGUAAGUGUCAAAGAAAUGAAAGCAGAGUGUGCUUUUUGUUUAAGCACCAAUCUCUAUUCUCUCUUUUUUUGAACAUCACUUUCAAGUUCACUGUUUUUGGCACCCAGUUCUAGACAAGUGCAUGUAGUUGCCUAACCACUGCCACAAUCAGGAUACAGUCAGGUCCAUCACCCCCAAAAGUCCCUCAUGCUGCCCCUUGCAGUCGACUCCUUCCUCCACCUCCUGGCAACUCCAGGGCUGUUUGUUCUUCCUAUAAUUUUGUCUCUUCCAGAAUGUCAUCUGAAUGGAAUGAGACAGUAUGUAGACUUUUGAGACUGGCUUCUUUCAGCCUCGUGCUUCUGUGACUUAUCCACGUUGGAUACAUCAAUAGUUCAUUCUUUUUGGUCCCUGUGGAGCGUUCUACUGUGUGGAUGUACCACCAUUUGUCAAUCCUUUCACUCACGGAAGGACUUCUCGGUGGUUUUUAGUGAUUAUGAAUAAAGCUGGAUAGUUCUUUUUUUCUUUGA